UCGACUAAAUAAUUGUGUGAAUAUUGGUAAAGAGAAAGACGCAUGCGUGAAUCGCCUGUUUUGUAACAGUAUACGUGGUGCCCGGCCGUACAGUAAUACCGCAACAACAAGUUGAAAAAAGGUCCUUCAUUCGGAUUCCUUAAAUUUGUCAUGACAAGGUCGACGAAUCUAUCGAAUGAGAACACACAGUUAGUAUAAGCGCAAUUCGACGAUCAUGGAUCAACUAAUUAUCUUAAUAUCGGCAAUGCAUCUAUUAUAUUGUCCGUUUACAAAAGUCGAGGAAAGUUUCAAUCUGCAGGCUAUGCACGAUGUCCUCUAUCACGGCUUCAAUUUAACGGAGUAUGAUCAUCAUGAAUUUCCUGGAGUGGUGCCACGUACUUUUCUAGGGCCUAUUGUAGUAUCCAGUUUUGCCUGGCCAUUAGUAGCAUGCAGUAAUUACCUGAAGCUCAAUAAAGUUUUUGCUCAAUAUAUAGUAAGAGCAACAUUGGGGUUUCUGGUGAUAGUUACAUUCAAGUUAUAUAGACACGCUUUACAGAAAAUCUUUGGGGUGCAGUUUACAAAAUGGUUUGUUGCCAUAACUGUGACACAGUAUCAUUUCAUGUACUAUCUCAGUCGUCCGCUGCCAAAUACAAUGGUUAUGCCUUUAGUGUUACUCGCCUUGUUUGGAUGGUUAAAGCAAAAUUAUAUAAUAUUUAUCUUAUCAUCAGCUGCAGCAAUAAUAAUUUUCAGAACAGAACUUGUCCUACUCUUGGGAUUGUUUGUAUUGUUUGAUUUAGCUAGGAAGAAGGUUUCUCUACAAAGACUGCUUAAAAUUGCGGUUCCAACUGGUAUAUUCUUCUUAGUACUUACUGUUGCUGUAGAUUCAAUAUUUUGGAGACGCUUAGUAUGGCCAGAAGGCGAAGUUUUUUAUUUUAAUGCUAUUCUUAAUAAGAGCAGUGAAUGGGGCACAUCACCAUUCUUGUGGUACUUUUAUUCAGCAUUGCCGAGAGGUUUAGCACUUUCAUACUUUUUAGUUCCUGUGGGAAUGCUUUUGGACUCUAGGGUUCGCAUGUUUACCAUUCCAGCUAUUAUAUUCGUCCUAUUAUUAUCAUUUCUACCACAUAAAGAGCUAAGAUUUAUCAUGUGUGUAUUUCCGCUAUUAAAUGUUGGUGCAGCUGUUGCUUGCAAUAGAAUAUGGGAAAACAGAGCAAAAACAAAGUGGAAUGGUUUCCUUGCACUGAUAAUCAUGACUCAUAUGGCAUUAAAUAUUAUAUUCUCUACAUUUCUAUUAUAUGUGGCUGGUUCUAAUUAUCCUGGAGGUGUGGCAAUUACUAGAUUACAUAGAGUCGAGAGAAAUUCAAUUGAGCCAAUACAUGUGCAUAUUGAUGUAUUCACUGCGCAAACUGGAGUAACAAGAUUUACACAGACCAACUCUUCUUGGAUAUAUUCCAAACAAGAAAACUUAACUAUUGAUAAUCCUGAAAUACUACAAUUUACACAUCUUUUAAUGGAAGCAAAGAGCAAAUAUUCUCCAAAAAUAAGGUCUUAUCUUAAAACCCACAAUAUUAUUGAUUCUGUUGAUGCAUUUUCACAUAUAGCAUUUAACUAUAAUAUGUUACCACCUAUUAAAGUUAAAACAAAACCUAGCAUAUUUAUUAUGAAAAGGAAAUCAAAUAUCACAUAUGAUCCUCAUAAAGCAAAAUCUUCAAUUUCUGAAUUAAUAAAGAAUUCCCCAAAACAAAUUGAUAAUAUAGAAAAUGUAGAAUUUAACAUAUCAGAUGAAGUAAAGACAGUAGAUUCAAUUCAUAAUAUUGUGCAGUCAUGGGAAAAAUUUGAAAUUCCAGAAAAUAUAAGUGAACAAAAUUUUUUAGAUAAAAUUGAUGAGAUGGAAGAAAUAAUUAAUAAUAUCGAAAAAAAUGAAAUAUUUAAUAAUUUAGUAAAUGAUACUACAACAUCUAUGGAAGAUACUACAUGGGAAACUGAAGAUAUAAAUAAAUUGUCGCUAACUUCAAAAGAAAAACUAAUUAAAAAGGAAAAAAAUGUAGAUUUUCAGAAAAAUUUUGAAAGUGUUCCUAACAUCUAUGAUGCCAAAGUUGACGAAAAACCAAAUAUUGAAGAGGAAAAAAUUAUUAAGAAAGAACUUAAAAACAAUUUAAAUAUGCGUCAAGAAAAUCACGGUACUAAACAGACGAUUAGAAAAAUUAUACAACAAAAGAUAAGAGAAGACAAACAAAAAGUCAAUGAGUCAAAAGAAAUCAAUAUUGAACCAAAAAAUACAGAGCUUCCAAUAAAAUUAAUGAAAAAAGAGACUAUAGUAGAAUCUCCAAAAAGAAAAAUAUUGCAAAAGCAAGAAGCAAAAGAUGUUCGAACUUCGACUAUUAAUGAAUCGACAUUAACAGAUCAAAAUCAAAUUAAGGUUGUAAAAGAAGAUGCAAAAGAAGAUAAACAGAGAUUUAAAACAAAAGAUACUACACAGAAAACAGGUAAAAUUAAGAUAAUAAAAUCAGUUAAUCUGGAGCAGAUCGUGAAAAACGAAGAUCUAAAUAAAGAAAAAACUAUAGAUGUAACAGUAAAGAAAAUAACAAAAACAGAGAAUAAUAUUGAUGCUGAAUUACCUGCAAUAGUAACUGAGAGACAAAUGAUAGAAAAAGAGAAUGAAAAAGACAUUAAAUUAUCAAACUCAAUAAAUGUAAGAGAAAGUAUAAAAAAUAUAAUAAAUCAAUUUAAAGAAUUUGAAAAAGAUUUUAUUUAUGAUAAUAUUGAUUCAGUGAAUGAUGUAACCCAUGCAAAUCAUAUAGAAAGCGAUUUAUACAUAACAGAAAUGGACAAUAGUAUGGAUCAUUCUGCAAAAAGUAAGGAUCAAAUUGUGGUAAAAGAUGCUAAAGAAAGUUUCAAAGAAAUAUUAGAUCAAUUCAAAUAUAUCAAAGAUGAAUUAACUUCAGAAGAAGAUGAUCAAUUUGAUGAAAUUGCAGCAAAAUAUAUGGAACAGCCAAUUGCUGAAACAUUAUUACAAUUUAGCGAAGCUCUAAAAACUUUAAUGCAGCGAAGGAAAAAGACAGUGUCUGAUUUAUAUGAUAAACAAAAUGCAGAUGUAUCAGAUGUGGAAAGAUGAUUAUAUGACAGAAUAUCAAAGAAAACUUACAAUAAAAAAAAUUA